AUGCGUAAUUUGAGGUCGGGAAAAUCAAACGUUGCCGAUGAACCUGAGCUAGACACACUGUCGACCUUGGCAGGGUUAAGAUGUAUGAAGCCGGACUCGUCAAAUAAGUGCUCUGCUCUUAAAAUCAUCCCAGUGGGCUCUAGAUUACCAGGCCUGACGCCAACAGAACAAAAGCUUCUGCGACAGAAACAACAGCGUUUGGCUAAGGAUAAAGCCUCCCUGGGCCAAGAGGCAAAGGGGUGCGCGGAUGGGGGUACCUUGUCUGUCUAUAAUGGCCUCGAAUCAACACUGAUAUUUUCCCAAUACGAAGCUGGGACUGCUGUUUGUAUUAAUGCAGACGGCUGGAUGCUGACUUGCGCGCACUGUUUCGGCGAUACAGAGGAAGAGCUGCAAAAAUCGAACAAGCGUCGCUGGCUUCUGUUCUAUACCGGUUUGGCCGUGCAGGCUGAAUGUAUAGUAUGGGAUGCGAAGAGAGACUUGGCCCUUCUAAAAAUUAUUGCCAUGGAGUCUAAUGCCUGUCGGAAAGAGGAAGGUAUAAUCUGUUCAUUCCCGUUCGUUCGGCUAGCCUUACGAAGACCGACAGUGAAGACUCCGAUAAUAUGCAUUGGACAGCCAGGCAUGGACGACCUGGAGUCUAGCACGCCGGUGAAAAACAAAUUUGAUUUUGUGGAGUUAUCCUCUGGCAAAUUUCGCGGGAUGGUGGCAGGGGGUGAUUGGCAGGACAAUUCUGAAAUCGGACAAAUGAAGCAUGAUGCAUGGACUUAUUGGGGCCACUCGGGUGCACCUUUGCUUGCAGAAGCGGACGGUACGCUUAUUGGGCUUCAUUCGUCCUGGGACGAUCAGACUGGCAUGCGCCAUGGUGUCCCUCUCGUUGCCAUCCAGGCUUUUCUUGAGCAGCAUACUAGGUUGGUGGGUUUUCCCACACCCACUGAUGGAAUUGAGGGUGGACAUACCUCGUCAAAUUUGGUUAUUGAUGAAGAGGUAAUUGUCAUUAGUGAUUAG